GGAAAGCGUGGGUCGGCAUUUUGUAAACACAGCGCAACGACAUCAAGAUUGAAGCAAAGAAGGCGGGACUAAUUCACACUUGACUUCACAGCUCAGGAUGGCUCAGAAGACCAUUUCCGAGUUAGAAGAAGUACCAAGCAGUAGGCCAACACCUAUUUCUGUGAGCCUAAUGGCCAAAGUCAUAAAAAUUGGCCAUGUAGCAAAGUUCAAAACCAGUAAUGGGGAAGAAGCUGAGAUGAUAAACUUCAGUUUAGCAGACAAGUCUGGUGCAAUCCUUGCCACCUGCACAGACACAAGUAAAGAUAGAAUGAUCAAAGAGGGAAAAACUCUUCACAUCAGAGAAUUUAUCCUCAAGAACGGCAGAGUGGCAAUGUCCCAUAAAACCAAAAUCUUGGCAAAACCUAACAUGGACAUUCCAGUUGACAUAUUACAAAAAGCAGAACACCUCAUUCUCCCUCCAUCACCUAUCAAAAAAGUAGAAGAGAUUUUAGCAUCUCCACUCAGAUCAAUCACAACCGUACAGGGACAGCUGUCAAAGAUUGAAUCUACUAAAACUGUGAAAGUGAAUGGAACUGACACAGUUAUCAGAACAAUUAGUAUAGAAGAAAAUGGGAAAAAAAUCGAUGUCACACUUUGGCGGGAAAUGGCGGAGGAAGACUUGAAAAUUGGGCAAUAUUUGUCCAUUUCACACUGCAUGCUUAAUGAAUGGCAACUACACAAAAGUCUGAACACAACACGUAAUUCAAAGAUUCAGAUAAUUCAACCACAAACAACAACAGUGAGUGGAAACAUCGACUCCAUAACACUCAAUGACAUUGCAGUUGAAAUUGCCCUGAAAGAAGAUUUCAAAGAAGAAUAUAAGGACUUCUCUGUUGACUUGGCUAUCAUCAGAAGUGUAUUCCCAGAUACUCUUCAAGUAAGAGUUGAAGACCUGGAGAAAUACUUCCUUCAGAAACUACCAAUUCUAGUUGAACUAAUUGUUCAAGGAUCGAAUGUACAAAACAUGCACCUGAUUGAACAACCAGCUGGAAGUAUGGACCAUGAUGCUGAACAGUAA